AUGAUCCGUGGGCAGAUAUUGGCAGCACUGUUGCUGUUGGGGAUUGCUGCAAAGUGCCAGCAGGCGCUGUGCGGCCACGCCCACUCCUACGCCCACCAGACGGGUCCCGUGGUGGGUCCCGCGCACCCAGUCACUGUGGGACACGCCGGUUACGGGGGAUACGGACACGGACACGGAGGACACAGUGUGGACUACGUGGCAUACCCGAAGUACGAGUUCGAGUACGGGGUGUCUGACGGGCACACAGGGGACCACCACUCCCAGAAGGAGCACCGCGACGGAGACGUCGUGACGGGCGAGUACUCGCUCAAGGAGGCGGACGGCAGCGUGCGCACCGUCAAGUACCACGCCGACAAGUCCGGCUUCCACCCCGUCGUGCACCACUCUCACCAUGGCAAUUUAACAGACAAGGACAGUGGCACAAUGGAGACAAUUGGCAUAGAAAUGAUAACUAGAAUAAUUGGUACCGAAAUAGGAACGCGGCGCAGACAGCAGUCAUCGCAGCUUACGAUAUUGGCAGCACUGUUGCUGUUGGGGAUUGCUGCAAAGUGCCAGCAGGCGCUGUGCGGCCACGCCCACUCCUACGCCCACCAGACGGGUCCCGUGGUGGGUCCCGCCCACCCAGUCACUGUGGGACACGCCGGUUACGGGGGAUACGGACACGGACACGGAGGACACAGUGUGGACUACGUGGCAUACCCGAAGUACGAGUUCGAGUACGGGGUGUCUGACGGGCACACAGGGGACCACCACUCCCAGAAGGAGCACCGCGACGGAGACGUCGUGACGGGUGAGUACUCGCUCAAGGAGGCGGACGGCAGCGUGCGCACCGUCAAGUACCACGCCGACAAGUCCGGCUUCCACCCCGUCGUGCACCACUCGCACCACGGCUACGGCGCUGGAUUUGGCGCCGGUGCUGGCGGUUACGGACACGGUCAUAGCUACUACUGAAGGCACGUCGUACCAUGCGUUCUGAAACGUCCAAGUUCAAAGUGCUGCGUACCUCUAGGCUCUCUAAUUUUCUUCACAGAACCAUUUUCAUAUUUAUUCCUAUUUAACCAUGAGAUAAGCUGCUGAUCUUGUAGCUCCAUCUUCAUCCUGUUGUUAUAAACAGCAGUCGCUGACAUAGAGUCCUUGUGCAAGUUAUUUUUGUUGUUAAACACAGUAAAAUAAUGUUUCUCACUUCGUACUGCUUUAUACAACUGUGUUUG